UUAUAUGCUAAAUGAGGAAAUAUUCUUGUGAGUACUUUCAUAGAUUUGGUGAAUCUUUGGCUUCAGAAGCUUUUUGUAAAAUUCCAAGAGAAGGAAAAUGGAAAAAGUGACAUUGAAGCUGAAGGCCAUUGAAGCUACUCCAGAGAACUUUGCAGAAUAUGGCCAAGUGAUUGAGCCUGUAAAUUUUAACCAAAAAUUUGGACCACAAGACGCUAAAUUGGACUUCGACAACGAAAUUCCGAGGUUUUAUCUUAUAAACGUCGAGGAUGCACCUCUUAAAUUCGGGAAGCUUGCGCAUCAUGCGGGAACGACACAGUGCCUCGGGUCAUCGGAUAGCAAAGUGUGGUAUCUUGCAGUUGCAAAACCAUCUGUUGUUAAAAGUGAGAUUGGAGUUAACCAUGAGAAAGCCGUGAGAUCUGCCUGUGGUCAUUACUAUGUGGCUCCUGCAGUUGAAGAAGUUCGCGCCUUCAAGAUUACAGGUCCAAAGUUUGUUAUGAUGCAUAGAGGGACUUGGCACGUAGGCCCUCUCACAAGGGAGGACAAAAGGGUGUUCUACAACUUGGAAAGAAGCCAUACUAAUGUCGUUGAUCACACCGGUUACAACUUUGGAAAGGAAUUAGGGACAUUCUUUGAAAUCGAAGACUAGAUCCUUGUGCUUCAACUCAACCAAGUUUGUGUCUUAUGAUUGUACUAGGAAAAAAAAAGUUUGUCUUAUGGAGCAUCCUUUAAUUGUUUCUAUAAUUUUGUAUUAUGAAAAGUCUCCACACAACAUUGUUUGCGAUUGUAAGGUGUUGAAUGUUUUGGCUUGGGUAUUAUUAUAGGUUCCAUUUCAAUAAUUAUGUUUGAAUUUUAAUAAAAGUUUGUUCCUAUGAGUUUGGUUAUA